AUGCACAAGAGGUAUAUCUUCCUCAUUGCGCUUUCAGGAAUUUCGCUGCUAACUUCCGCAUACUACGCAUUGUCCCUCUACACACGUCCCCGCCACUACGACGUCUUACCGCAGUCCUCCUUACAGAAAGCUGCAGCCUUCAAAGCACGUCAGAAAAAUAGACUCAGAAGAUUGAACAAAUGCCAACAACUUCCCGUCACUGAAUGGAAAGCAAACUCCCGAUUUUGGAUACACCCUCUGUGCAGAUACGCCGCUAUCUUCUUCUCAGAAGACGAGCCCUCCCGUCUUAUGCCCAUUGGAAAACCACCCUCUUUGGCAGCAAAGGUACAAGAACAAAUGGGCGUCACGGCUGAAGAAACGAUUCGAAGACAACAGGACCCGCAAAACCCCCUAGAUAUCGGCAUGGAUCUCAUGCGCAUCUGGGUACAGUCACCCGACACACUCGGCGUCCUCGACUUUCUCCUCGGAUCAGACUUCAAAGACCAACACUGGCCGAGCAUCGUGGUCAUCGACGGAUUCACCGGACUCAAAUAUCUUUGGGACGCACCCAAACCUACUGGACCCGACGGGAAGAACCACUCCGAGAAGAAGAACGACCCCGAGGGGGAGGCCAACGGCCACCCUCCGAGCCAGGUCGAUAAGCGCAAUGAUGAGGGUCUUGGUGCCGUCAGUUGGCUGCAGGCACUGAAGGGCGGCCGGUUGAAGCCGUACCAGAAGAAUGAGUUGCUCGAGUCGAUGCCGGUGGAAGGCGGCAGCGAUGUGGAGUUGGCGCCAAUGGACAUUAACGGCGUGUUUUUUGACCGCUAUUUGGCGAAUCGGACGGCGCGGCAGAGUCUUAAGGAAAAGGAGUGGUUUGUCACCUUCCAUGCGCCCUGGUGCGGGCAUUGUCGUCGUUUCCUCGCGCAAUAUGAGCCCGCCGUCAAGGCCAUCGUCCAGCGUACCAAGCGACAAAUCGGCUUCUACAAACUAGAUGUCACCGCCAACGACGUUGCAGACCCCGCCUUCCGAAUCACCAGAGUCCCCACCACACUCUGGUUCGACCGCGUCCACGACUCCUUCGUCGAACUCCGUGAAAGAACACACGUCGUUGAAGGCCUCCACACAUUCCUCCAUCAACACAGCUCCGUCCAACUCGCACCGGACAACGAGCUCUAA